UCUUAUCUUGUUCUUGGUACCACUUAGAACCAAAAACAUUACCUCAUCCAAUGGCAUAUAUCAAAUACACCCCCUCCUGGACAAGAUCAGAAAAGACAGUGAGCCUUUUAGGUCAUAUACUAAAUCAAGAUAAGGGCAACCUCAGAGGAGACAUGUAAAUAAUUAGACACAUUCCCAUAAGAAGACAGGCCUGACCUCUCCCCUCUCUGGGGCCCAAUGUGACUAAGCCCUGGCAGAGAAGGCAUAACUGCAAACAGUAUUAUCCAAAAGAAGACAUUCUAAUGACAAAUAUCUCACAUAAGAAUUAUUAUAUAAAUGCAACAUCUUAUUUAUCAAUGUUACCUAACUAAUUCUGAUUCUGCUACUACAGAAGUCUUACAUCAGCUCUGACUGUGCGCCAAGUUUCUCUCUUCUGUGCCACUUAAAAUGACUUGAACGUGUACACACAGGAGAGAAGCCUUAUCACUGCAUUCAUUGACUGUGAGAAGAGAUUCUACAGAUUGGGCCAUUUAAAACGACACCAAUGUAUACAUAAAGGAGAGAAGCCUCAUCAGUUCUUUCAGACCAGCUAAGAUUAGUCACUCCACUUAAUUAUCAUGUCAUUAAAUAAGUGGUAACAGUGAAUUGGAUCAAAUGAAGAAAGCGUAGAACACUAUUGUAAUCCUAUUGUUUCUCACUAUGAGAGAACUGUGCAGAGGAGAGGGAGCGUUAUAGUAUGUAUGUUAUCCUCUCUUUACUUUACUGAUCAGUGUGCACCUUGUCAGUUUUGGUGUGUUUUGUUAGCUUCUACUGUAAAGAUAUUGAGAUGGCCUUGGAUUUGGCCAUAGGGUGGAAUACCCUCUGUGAGAAGUCUCAUGUCUUGACUGGGUGGUACUGCUUCUCUCUGCAGUUUUCCGUGGGAAUGAGCUGGUAGACACAACAUGUACAGAGUGUAAAAAACAUGAAGGGACGCCUGCUCUUUCCAUGACAUAGGUGAACCCAGCUGAAAACUAUAAUCCUUAAUGAUGUGGUUUUUAUUAUGAAUUUAUUAUGGAUCCCCAUUAGCUUUCAGCAGAAAACAAGAGACUGCAGUUGCAGUGGGCUAAGAAAUGAAAACACUGGACGCUGGAGAAUUUGAAAAACAUUGCCUGGCCUGAUGAAUCCCUGUUCCUGCUGUUUCAUGCUGAUGGGAGGACUGGGGUAUGGAGGAAACCCCGAGUACAUCCAUCAUGCCUCGUGUCAUCUUUGCAGGCUGGUGGUGAUGGUGUGGAGUUUGUAUUCAUGCCACACUCUGGGCCCCUUGAUAAAAGUGGAGCAACUUUGAAUACCACAGGAUUUCUAAACAUCAUUGCCAAUCAGGUGCAUCCCUUCACUGCAGCAGUGUAUCCAUCUGCAAAUAGAUUUCUUCAGCAGGAUUAUGCCACAAGGCUUGUCCAGGAAUGGUUCCAAGAACAUGACAGUGAAUUCAGUUUACUGCAGUGGUCACCACGAGUCACCAGAUCUCAAUCCAAUUGUUAAUCUGUGGCAGGAGAUGAAACAAGCUAUUCGGAGUAGAGAUCCACUCCCAGCUAGACACAAUUGUGGGAAGAAUUGGGCCAGAAUCCCUGUGGAAUGCUCUCAACACCUUGGAUAAUUCUUUUAAGCAUUUGUUUGGGUAGAUUAUUUAAUAUUACUCAACUUUUGUUUAAACAGUAUGAAUUUACUUGUGUUUAUUAAAAUUGUCUUUUAAUACUAGAUUCAUUAUUGUAGUCAUUGAUGAAUGUAUUUGAAUAACUGUAUUGAAGUUAAUUGAUCUGGCAGGGAGCCAGCGGUUAAGAGUGUUGGACCAGUAACUGAAAAGUUGCAAGGUUUGAAUCCCAAGCCGACUAGGUGCGAAGUCUGUCAUUGUGCCCUUGAGCAAGGCAAUUAACCCUUAUUAGCCCUGUAAGUUGCUCUGGAUAAGAGCAUCUGCUAAGUGACAAGAUUGUAAUGAAAAAUGUUUGUAGAUGAAUUUAUGCUGGGCAACUGCUUUUUUUUUCUCUUAAAUGAAAUAAACUGUUUGAAGUGAAAUACUGUAUAUACAAUACACAACAUUACCACUGUGUUUACCCUGGUCAGAGGGACGGGACCAUAGUAAACUAGACUAUGUAACUGUUGUUGUUAGUAGCCUACAGUUUCCAUGCAAUACAGCAUGUCAGAUUGCUAAUGAGGUGUAUAGCUGCUACAUUUAUGCAAGAGUUUUUGCUUGUGUCUGUCGGGAGAGAUGUGUUGUCAUGCUUGCUAAAUAACUCCUGGAGGGAAGUGGAGAGCGUGACUUGAGCUUUGUGCGUUGUGCCCCGCCCGCCUUACAUGGUCGAGAGACUCAGAGAGCCUGCAGCAGCACCCUGAUGUGAAGAACAGCCCAUACAAACCUUUACGAUUGUAGUACAAUAAAGAAAAUAUUGCAUGUUAUUUUCGUGGAAUGGUAGUGACCAAAAAAACAUAUGUUUUGUUAUUGUACUAGGCCCAGGAGCAUAGAAGAAACUGCCAGAUGUGUCAUAAUAGCCUGGAAGUAAAGCUGCACUGGGAGACACAUUUGAAAUGGAAUACAUAAAAUACAUUCAGCAGGGUGAAACAAUCACAGUAAAACAUGAUUUAAAUGUAUUGUUGGAAGGGCUGUGGUCACCAGUCAUGUAAUACAUUAAAUAUAUACAUCAGAUGGUAUUGGGGAGCUAUUUCAUAGGGUUUUCAUGGGUACAUUAUUUACCCAUUUCAAUCUUAUACCAACCAACCCUAUGCUUGGUGUGACUGUUAUGGACAGAGCAGACCUUCUGAUAUGCCCUUAAAUAUUGUAAUAUGCAACCUGGAAUUAAAAUGUAAGAGGACCAGUGCUUCUACAGUGAAUCACAUCUGUGCUGUUUGAGAGAGAUGUUGUUAGACUACAUUGCAUCGUUGUUUCCUCUUCUGUGGGCACUGGUGGGGAACAGUAUCAUUUCAAUUCACAGAGACAAUGAGUCCUUCAAGUUUAGCACUAUAUCCACAUGUUUGAAUUCUCUGUAUUGUGAUGAAGAUGGGGGAAAUUGAAUUGACAAGUAUUGUCAUACCCAGCCAAUCAGCAUUCAGGGCUGAACCACCCAGUUUAUAAUUUACUAGAUACAAUGUGGGUUGGUAACUAGGUUUGGCCUCCAGUCAAUUUGUUGCUGGGCUUGUAGCUAGUCUGCGAGCCAGAACAUAAUUAUCCUAUUAACAAAUAGCCUAUAGCUGCCCAAUUCAUAGUCCUACACAGUGUAGGCUACAAUACACAUUUAACACGUGGUUAGUGGGCUAAUCAAUUCAAUGACCAUAACAUAAUAAUGUCCAUCUGAUAUUACAGUGGUAAAAUCACCAAUGUCUAUAUUAAUAGAACUUCCUGUUCUGUUAAAAUAUAUUAAUCAUAUUUCUGUCAUUUCAAACCAGUGUGUCUUGUUUGCAGUGUGUCAGUUCAAUCUGAGAUGUCAUUAGGAAUCUAACCAUGGUACAUUCAGAAGUAGAUGUUCCACCCCAGACACGAGGCUGGAGUCCGACGCAGAAAGGAAGACCGACUCAGAUUAAGUCUGAAGCCGGUAACAUCAACAGUGAGGACAAACCCAGCCUUCCUCUCUCCUUCCACACUGAGUUCAAACCUACAGUCACUGGGUCCUGAUUGUGACAGUGGAGCCCAGUUUGCACUGCAGGAUCCAGAGAUGGCAUCAGUGAAGCUGGAAGACUGCAGUCAAACACUGGAGCUGAAUGUCAACAUUAAAGAUGAAGAAGAGGAGGAGAAUAUUGGGAAAUCUGUUUCUCAUGUGAGUCCAAACCUACAGUCACUGGGUCCUGAAUGUGACAGUGGAGCCCAGUUUGCACUGCAGGAUCCAGGGAUGGCAUCAGUGAAGCUGGAAGACUGCAGUCAAACACUGGAGCUGAAUGUCAACAUUAAAGAUGAAGAAGAGGAGGAGAAGAUUGGGACUUCUGUUUCUCAUGGCCGACUCAGAUUAAGUCUGAGGCCUGUAACAUCAACAGUGAGGACAAGCCCAGGCUGCCUCUCUCCUUCCACACUGAGUAGAAACCUACAGUCACUGGGUACUGAUAGUGACAGUGGAGCCCAGUUUGCACUGCAGGAUCCAGAGAUGGCAUCAGUGAAGUUGGAAGACUGCAGUCAAGCACUGGAGCUGAAUGUCAACAUUAAAGAUGAAGAAGAGAAGAUUGGGGAAUCUGUUUCUCAUGGUCACGUUGAGACGUCCUCUACAUCCAGAGAGCAGAAGCAGGAAGUUCACAGAGCUAAGAGGUUUCACCACUGCCCACAUUGUGAGGAGAUUUUCCCAUAUCUAUCAAAGCUAAAAAUACACCUAAAAACACACACAGGAGAGAAUCUAUAUUCCUGUACUGACUGUGGGAAAAGAUUCACAACAUCACAUUCUCUGACAGUUCAUCAGAGAGUGCACACAGGUGAGAAGCCUUACUCCUGCUCUGCCUGUGGGGGGAGAUUCUCUCGAAGGAGCCACUUAAAGAGACACCAACAUAUACACACAGGAGAGAAGCCUUACUCUUGCUCUGACUGUGGAAAAUGCUUCGCAACAUCAUCUGACCUAACAGUUCACCAGAGAACACACACAGGAGAGAAGCCUUUUUCCUGCUCUGACUGUGGGGGGAGAUUCUCUCAACUGAGCAGUUUAAAAAAACACCAACAUAUACACACAGGAGAGAAGCCUUACUUCUGCUCUGAUUGUGGGAAGAGUUUCUCCCUAUUGGAUACCUUAAAAGCACAUGCACGUAUACAUACAGGAGAAAAGCCUUACUCUUGCUCUGACUGUGGGAAGAGGUUCUCUCAACGGAGCAACUUAAAAAUACACCAACGUUUACAUACAGGAGAAAAGCCUUAUUCCUGCUCGGACUGUGAAAAGAGUUUCUCCCAAUUGGAUAAGUUAAAUAGUCACCAGCGAAUACAUACAGGGGAGAAGCCUUACUUUUGCUCUGACUGUGGGACUUGUUUCAGCCAAAUUGAUACGUUAAAAUGUCACCAGCGAAUACAUACAGGAGAGAAGCCUUACUCUUGCUCUGACUGUGGGCAGAGUUUCUCUCAACACAGCAGCUUAAAGAAACACCAACGUAUACACACAGGAGAGAAGCCUUACUCCUGCUCUGAAUGUGGGUCGAGUUUCUCUCUACAGGACAGCUUGAAAUCACACCAACGUAUACACACAGGAGAGAAGCCUUACUUCUGCUCUGACUGUGGAAAGAAUUUCUCUCGACACAGCAGCUUAAAGAAACACCAGCGUAUACACACAGGAGAGAAGCCUUACAUCUGCUUUGAAUGUGGGAAGAGUUUUACAACAUCAAGUGCUCUGACAGUUCAUCAGAGAGUGCACACAGGAGAGAAGCCAUACUCCUGCGCUGACUGUGGGGGAAGUUACUCUCGACUGGGAAACUUAGAGACACACCAUCGUACACAUACGGGAGAGAAGCCUUACUCUUGUUCUGACUGUGGUAAAUGCUUCACAACAUCAAGUGCUCUGACUGUUCAUCAGAAAACACACACAGGAGAGAAGCACACCAACGGAUACACACAAGCCAAGAGUUUUGCAGAUUGAAAUCUUAUGUUUUCGGUGGAUUGACAAUGGACCCGUUUUAAAGUAUCCUUUUUUUGGUAACAGUUCUCUCAAACCAGCUUAAAGUCACUCCAUCACUUAAUUCUCAUUAAAGAAGUGGUAAGUGAAUUGGAUCAAAUGAAGAAAGCGUAGAACACUGUAUUGUAAUCCUGUUGUUUCUCACUGGGAGAGAACUGUGCAGAGGAAAAAGGAGCAUUACAGAAUGUUAGCCUCUUUACUGAUCAGUGUGCAUCUUGUCAGUUUUGGUGUUUUGUUAGCGUCUACUGCAAAGAUAUUGAGAUGACCUUGGAUUGGCCCUUAGUGUUGAAUAUCCUCUUAGGUUUCUCUUGUUGAAACAAUGGAGUCUGAUGGUUGACUGGAUAGUACUGCUUCCUUCUGUAGUUUUCUGUGGGAAUGAGCAAUUACACACAGCAUGUAUGAGAUAGAGAUGGUGUGAUGAUCAGUUUUCAGCAUAUAUAUAUAUAUAUAUAUAUAUAUAUGAAGAAGUGUCAAUAGAAAAACUAUUAAAAAUAAAUUGAAUGCAGCUACUUCGCUGUUAUUCUAGCUACACGGUUUCACGUGACUGUUAGCCGUAGUUGGCUAGCAAGCAAGGCAUAACAAACGACUUGGUCGCGUCCAUAGAUACAGAAUAAAAAUAGUCAGUUUGAAAUGAUUGCGUUUGUAUAGUCUGUGAUGUGCCAUCUGUAAAUACGAAUACAUUUGUUUAAAGUACUUCUGCAUAAGUGUUACUCUCCACUUUUCUGGAGGACCGAGUUUUGAAAUCAGUGGAAUUAGAGUAUGUUAGCUAAGGAGAUGGAGAAAACCCACGUUUCUGGAUUACAUCUUCAAACUAAGGGCAAACAUGGUAUCUGUGACAGGGAGACACAUCCAUCCAUGAUGUAUACGGGUAAGGUAAUGUAGCUAGCUAGACUUUCAGAUAUUACACGUUUCUAAUUUUGACAGUGUUUUUUUUUGGCCGAGCUGGUCGCCCGGCCAAACUGAGAUAUUGGGGGAGAAGGACCUUUGUCAGGGAGGUGACCAAGAACCCAAUGGUCACUCUGACAAAGCUCCAGAGUUCCUCUGUGGAGAUGGGAGAACCUUCCAGAAGGACAACCAUCUCUACAGCACUUUGCCAAUCAGCACAUGACUUCCUGCUUGGAGUUUGCCAAAAGGCACCUAAAGGACUCUCAGACCAUGACAAACAAGAUUCUCUUGUCUGAAGAAACCAAGAUUGAACUCUUUGGCCUGAAUGCCAAGCUUCACGCCUGGAGGAAAC